AUGGCUAGGAAGUGCUCCCACUGUGGCAACUACGGCCACAACUCCAGGACCUGCGGUUUAGGACACAGAGAAAUCAUGCUCUGCGAAGCUGGCGACAAUGGCGGCGCCCACAGCGGCGGCGGCAGCGGCCUAAGGCUGUUCGGAGUGCAGGUCCGUAUCGGCGGCGGCGGUGGUGGCGCAGGCUCCGCGUCCAUAAAGAAGAGCUACAGCAUGGACUGCCUGCAGCUCGCGGCUCCAGCUGGAUGUUCCCUCGUCUCGCCGUCGUCGUCCUCCUCCUCGUCGCUGCUGCUGUCGAUUUACGAGGGCUUGGAGAGGGGGGCGACCAAUGGGUACCUGUCUGAUGGACCUCAUGGCAGAGUUGUGCAGGAGAGGAAGAAAGGAGUUCCAUGGAGCGAGGAGGAGCACAGGCAGUUCCUUGCCGGCCUGGAGAAGCUGGGCAAGGGCGACUGGCGAGGCAUCUCCAGGAACUAUGUGACGACGAGGACCCCCACGCAGGUCGCCAGCCAUGCGCAGAAGUUCUUCCUCAGGCAGAGCAGCAUGGGGAAGAAGAAGCGCCGCUCCAGCCUCUUUGACAUGGUGCCGAUUUGCGAGAACAGUGCUAGCAUUUCCGAUCCGCUGAGCAGCGAAGGGGCCUCGACCCCUCUGUCGCUCAACGUUUCACGCCAUGGCACCGCCUCCGACUCCGAGAGGGCGGCCUUGGACCUGAACUCGACGGAGGAAGGCGGCGACAUCAGGGCUGACGCGUUAUCGGCAUCAGGUGCAGGGACCAGACCGUUCCCGGCAGCGGCAGCGGCAGCUCAGACGGAGCUGCUGCAGCCUUCGUCGCAUGGCCAUGGGUGCGGCCACCACUGCUCUCCGUUGGACCUGGAGCUGGGCAUGUCCCUCCCCGCCCCAUCCGUCGGAACAUGA